AUGAGUCAUGAAGAUCAGGAGUACCACGAUGUUCCUCGCUACUUCGAUGAAAAAUUUUCCGUUGCGUCCAUGGAUAUGAUUCUGCCGCAUUCGAGCGUGCUCACGCACGACUCGUGGAAGACGCCGGCCGACGGCAGCAGCAGCGCGCCUCUGACGGCCCAGGGUGGUUCGACGUCACCUCGUGGCCGUGCGUCCCCCGCCACGCGUCAGUAUUCGCAAUGGGCCCUCGAGCAGCGCCAAGCCGACGACGAGGAGAUCCCGUCGCGGCCCAGCCAGAUGGGCUCGUCCGAGAUGCUCCAGCAGUGUUUGGGCCGGCACACGCUGCAGUUUGACCGCGGAAAGCAGGAGAGCACGUGGAGCUGCCUGCUCCUGUACUGCUUCUUCCGCGCCGUUGUCCUUGCCAUCGUGGCCUUGCUCAUAAUCGGUGGCGAGGCUGGGGUGUCAGUAUUCGUCGCUCGAUAUGGUGCAUGGGUUCGCGCGCUGGAAUUCACGAGGGUGAGCGAGAACUGCCUACACGCCAACAUAUGGACGCCCUCGUUAGGAGCCCCCCUCAAACCCAUGCUGGUGCUCUUCCACGGCCUGCACUUCGAGUACGGCGGCAACCAGCCGCGGCUCUUAGACGGCGGCUUGCUGGCUGCCCGCAAAAACCUGGUGCUCGUGGUGCCCAACUACAGGCUCGGCCUCUUCGGCUUCUUCACCGACAACACGACCGACGCGCCCGGCAACGUGGCCUUCCCCGACCAGCGUAUGGCCAUGGACUGGGUGCGCGUGUGCGCGUCCUCCUUCGGCGGUGACCCGAACUCUGUGACGGUGCUCGGCUACAGUUCUGGCGCCACCUCGAUGGGCCUGCAGCUACUUAGCCCGACGAAGCACUGGAUUCAGAGCCAGCCCCGGAAGCUGUUGCUGCAGAGCGGGUCUCCGCUGCAGCCCUUCAAGUGGGACGAAGGUAGCCUGCGCGACCGGGUCAGCGCCCUCUUAGUCAAGCUUGGAUGCAAGUAUGACGUGACGGAGGCAAAAAAGUGCCUGCGGUCGGUGUUCUUGGACAGGCUGCUGCGGCCUACGCUGCGCAUGCGGUUCUCGUUCGGACCACGCUUUCAGACGUCCUUCCUUCCCUGCGAUGACGCCGAGGGACUCACCCUUCCAGACGCUGCCAGCAACAAAAAGCUGAUCCUCUUGGGCAAUGUUCGCGGUGAGGGCAUCGUGUUGUACGACAUGAUGCGACGACUGUACGCGGAUUCCGACGACCCGAGGGGACUGUGGCCUGCCGUGAGGAACGAGCUCUUCGAAUACGGCAUCAGGGACGUCGACGGCGUGUGGAACCUCUACUCUGUUGGCGAUGAGAGGGACGCUAAUGAGACAAGCGGCGAGCCCAGUGAGCGAGCAGCUCUGACGCGGCUUCUAGGCGACGCGUUCCACGUGUGCCCGCUCCAGUACUUCGCGCAGGCACUGAGCGCCAAGGGCCACCGAGUCUUCGCGUACGUGUUCUCCGCCAAGCCGGCCGGCAGCCACUGGAGCGAGGAACGCUGGCCGGCCCAGUACGAGGACCUGCCCUAUUUCCUGGGCGCUCCUUUGGCGAGGAGGGCGCAUACCUGGGAGAAACCGCUUAGUGCCAAGCUGAUGGACCUGCUGGCCGGCUUCGCUCAUCACGGGAAUCUUCUGGCGCUGGACGACGGCUCUGCGUGGCCACCGUACAGUGAGCACAGCCCAGCAGUCGUCGAGAUAGGAAGCAUGGGCCUGCGGCUCUUAGCCCAGGGAUACCGCGACUCCGUGUGUCGUCGCCUUCGAAUCCACUUGCUGAAGAACCCCAACGACAUAUUCAACUCUGCAGGAUGCCAACGCCGAAAAAAAAAGCUUCACUAACAGUUGUGGCUUCCGGCUUUGUUUGGGUUCAGCUCGUUCGCAAAGAUAUUUCCCAAGUCUUGGCCACCUACGUCAAUCCAUGAGCAAUAAAUGUCGCUCAUUCUCACA